AUGCCAGAAAGUGAAAUUCAAGAUUUAGAAAAAAUUGUUGGUAAUAAGCAUUUAGAUGGGACUGUAUCGAAAACAGAGUUUUCGUCAAAAUCAGAGUCCAUAGCCACCGAGGAAAGUUCUCUCUUUUUACAUACAUGGAUAUCAAAUUUAAAUGCAGAAACGCAUGGUAUUGACCCAGUUACAGAUGAUUUGAAGACAGACACUUCCGUCUUACACCCUGCAAAUAUGUGGUUUUCUGCUAAUCUGGUUCUUUCAUGCCUUACCACAGGUGCCUUAGGGCCACCAGUUUAUGGUUUAAAUUUUGGCGCCUCUGCUCUAACGAUUAUUUUCUUCAAUAUGAUCGGUGUGCUUCCAGUCGCCUACUUUUCAAUAUUCGGUGCGAAAUUGGGCCUGAGACAGAUGGUUCUAUCAAGAUAUUUCAUGGGUUAUUGGACAGGCAGGUUUUUCUCACUAGUUAAUGUCAUUUCCUGUGUGGGUUGGUGUGUAUUAAACACAAUUUGUUCCGCUCAAGUGUUAAAUAUGGUUAACCAAAAUGGUCAUCAGUGUCCACUAUGGGCUGGAUGUCUUAUUAUUCUAGGUGGCACUGUAUUGGUCACUUUCUUUGGUUACAAGGUGAUCCAUAAUUAUGAAAGAUGGUCAUGGAUACCAAAUUUUGCAAUUUUUCUUAUAUUAAUUGCUCGUAUGAAAAUGUCCGGUAACUUUACGAAUGGUGAUUGGACGUCGGGUCCUACCACUGCAGGUAAUGUAUUAUCAUUUGGUUGUGCAGUAUACGGCUAUGCAGCUGCAUGGGCUACGUAUGCAGCGGAUUACACUGUCUAUAUGCCAAGAAAUACGAGCAAGAUGAAAAUUUUUAUCUUUUUAUACAUGGGUCUGUUCAUUGCAUUAGUAUUCUCCAUGAUGCUUGGCGCAGCCUUGGCCAUGGGUACAUAUACUGAUAGUAUAUGGUCAGAAUAUUAUAAUAACAAUGGUAUUGGCGGGCUGAUCUACUGUGUCUUAGUGAGAAAAUCUUUACAUGGGUUUGGUGAAUUUUGUUGUGUGGUAUUUGCAUUAUCUACAAUCGCUAAUAAUUGUCCUAAUAUGUAUACCAUUGCCUUAUCAGUACAAGCCACAUGGGAGCCACUAGCGAAGUUACCAAGAGCAUUCUGGACCGUGGCAGGGAACUGUGCGGCAUUAGCCAUUGCAAUUCCUGCAUGCUAUUACUACGAAUCUUUCCUGGAAUAUUUUAUGAAUACAGUUGCUUAUUAUAGCGCCAUUUACAUUUCGUUAGGAUUAGCGGAACAUUUCAUCUUCAGACGUAAUGAUUUCAGAAACUAUAACAUUGAAGACUGGAAUAAUCCAUCCAAAUUACCCUUAGGAAUAGCCAGUGCGAUUGCAUUAUUUGUCGGUGCCUUUGGUGUAGCUCUAGGUAUGAAUGAAACGUUCUGGACUGGUGAGAUAGGCCGUUUAAUUGGUGAAAACGGUGGAGACAUUGGUUUAGAGUUAGGCGGCAGUUGGGCAUUUAUAGUAUAUGUGGCUGUUAGACCAUUAGAGUUGAAAUACGUCGGUCGCUAA